UUCUUUCAAAUCAAAUCAAAGUAUGAAUUAAAUUUAAAUAAGAAAUAAUACAAUAUGUUUCCAGCUGUAAAGUGUUGUUAUUACUUAUCUUUAAGAAAUGGAUGCAUUUUCAUAGCGUUAUUUGGAAUAUUCUGCUCCGGGUUAAAUAUAGAAUUCAUAUUAUCAAUCUUAAAUAACUAUCCUCCUAUCCAGCGUAAAUAUGUAUUUACAGAUGAUCCAAAUGGAGCAUGUCAGCUUGCAUCUGAAUUUGUAAUGAUGCUUGCGUCAAUAAUUCUAUUAAUAUCCACCAUGGUGAAAUGGUCAUUUCUCAUAAUUGUCUAUGUAGUGAUUGCUGCUCUGCAAACUCUCUAUUUAUUAAUUUAUAGCAUAGUUUCUUGCAUAAUGAGUAUUAACGUUAUUGCAAAUUUCAGUUUAAGCGCCUGCAUUGCAUAUUGGCUAUGGGUAGUACUUUCCUUUGGUACUUCACCAUAUUUCAUUUAUAUUGCUAUUUCCUAUUACAAGCUGAAGACAUCGGAGGACAAUGUUGAAACCGUUCCAUAAAAUAUGUGUAACAAAAGUAAAUAUAAAUGGAUAUAAGUCGAAGAAAUUGCCAUAUCUCACAAAUUCUUAUAUAGCCCAGUGUAGAUUUUAUAAAUGAUGGAUUUCCUCAGUCAGUUCAUUUAAUAUAUCGAGACUUUCUCGAGCUUACUGAGCAUAUGUGCAAUUUCAUAGAUGUAGCUGCUUUAACAGAUACAAAUAGAAUACUCAUUUCGUAUGCAAGUUGCAUUUAUUUAAAUUCUUAUUUAUACUGUCGACGACAAUUUAUACACCUAACGUGUUUUUUACUAUGUAUGUAUCUUUUAUUGGGCUUUAAAGAAAUCACUAAAUAUUACCAGAACUUUAAAAUAUAGUAUACAUAAAUAACUUAGUAAUGAAAAAGUGUUAAAAAGUACUUU